GAAAAACCAUGGGCAGUUUUUAUCUGUAUAAUCACAAAACCAAGAAUCCUCCCACAGCUUAAAAAACCAGCUGCUCAAUUUUGUAUAAACUUUCCAUUUCUCUCUCAUUUUCUAUUCAUAAAACAAACAACUCCAAGUCACAAAAUUGCACCCAAAGCAUAAAAAUAAAUGCUUGUUUUCUUUCUUGCAACAUUUAGCAGCUUUUUUUUUUCAAAGAUUGAAACUUUAUUCUGUGAAAAAUCAAGUUUUGGUACUCUGGUGAUGUUUACUGAACUUAUUGUUUUAAAGUAUUUUGAUUAUUGGGUUCUGGGGUAGUUUUGUUCUGUUGUUAGGCUAAUUUUUCUUCUGUUUUUUUGGGUACCAUUUUGUGCUCAUAGGAUUAAGAAUGUACCUGUGAAGUGAUAAUUUUUUUGCUUAUCAUAAGAUUUUGCCUUGUGGGGUUUUCAAGAUUUUGAACUUUUUGUGCUUUGUGGGGUGUUCCAAGAUUUGAUUUUUUGUGCUUAUCAUAAGAUUUUGCCUUGUGGGGUUUUCAAGAUUUUGAAUUUUUCUUGAUCAUUUUGAUGGAUUCUGGUAGUUUAUAUUCAAAUAUGAGUCCUGGUAUGUUAGGAUUAGAAAUGUCAUUGCAUCAUCAAAUCCCUCAGCAGAACACUCACCCCCAGUUGCAUCAACAACCCCCACCCCAUCACCCCAUAGUUGCAUAUGCACAUCAAGAAAAUGCGGAUAACCAACAACAAGCAGCAUUGAGGCAAGUUUUUCCAUUUAGUAACAACAAGGCUAAAAGUCAAAGCUUGAAUUUUAGUGAUGAUGAUGAACCUGUUCCUGGUGCUAGUGCUGACAACAAUAGUACUGAUGAUGGUAAGAGGAUUAGUAAUAAAACUUGUCCUUGGCAAAGAAUGAAGUGGACUGAUAACAUGGUGAGGUUGUUGAUUAUGGUGGUUUAUUAUAUUGGUGAUGAAGUUGGCUCUGAAGGGAAUAACAAUAGUGAUCCUAGUGGAAAAAAGAAAAGUGGUGGGGGUGGGGGUGGGGGGGUGGGUGUUGGGGUUUUGCAAAAAAAGGGGAAAUGGAAAUCAGUUUCUAGAGCAAUGAUGGAGCGGGGAUUUUAUGUGUCUCCACAGCAAUGUGAAGACAAAUUUAAUGACUUGAAUAAGAGGUACAAGAGGGUUAAUGACAUUCUUGGAAAAGGGACUUCUUGUAGAGUUGUGGAGAAUCAGAAGUUGCUUGAAACAAUGGAUCAUUUAUCACCGAAAAUGAAAGAAGAAGUGAAAAAGUUGUUGAAUUCUAAGCACUUGUUUUUUAGGGAAAUGUGUGCUUAUCAUAAUAGUUGUGGCCAAAAUGGUGGUGGUGGUGGUGCUAGUGGGAGUGGAGUUGCUAAUUCACAAGCUCAUCAAAACCAAUUAGAGCAGCAGCAGCAACAGAGGUGUAUGCAUUCAUCAGAAAAUGCAAAUUCAAGAAUUGGGGCUUCUUUAGUAGAAGGGCCUAAAAUGCCAAAAGGGGCAAGUGGGGAAAAUAAUGAGGAGAACGAGGACGAGGAGGAGGAUGAGGACGAAGAUGAGGAGGACGACGAUGAUGAGGUGUCCGGUGCAAGAGGACACGACCACGACCACAACCACCAUAGCCACGAAGAGGACGAUGACAUGGAUGAAAGAUCAAGAAAGAGGCAAAGAAAGUUGGGAACUUCAUCACCAAUGGUACAACAGUUGAGUAUAGAAUUGGCUAAUGUAGUUCAAGAUAGAGGGAGGAGUCCACUUGAGAAGAGGCAAUGGAUGAAAACUAGAAUGAUUCAAUUAGAAGAACAACAUGUUGGCUAUCUAUGCCAAGCAUUUGAACUCCAAAAGCAAAGAUUGAAAUGGAAGAAAUUUAUAAGCAAGAAGGAAAGAGAAAUGGAAAGGGACAAACUUAUCAACGAGAGGAAAAAAUUGGAGAAUGAAAGAAUGGUGCUUUUGCUGAAGCAAAAGGAACUUGAACUUCUUGAUUAUCAUCAGCACCAUCCAAAUAAUAACAAUAGAAAUAGUGACCCUUCUUCUGUUACUGGAUGAUGAUAAAUUGUACAAUACUAGCAGUAGCUAGCUAGCAGAUCAGAUACAGUAGUAAAUAUAUAAUAUGGAUAUAUAUGCUUUUGCCUUGUGUUUUUCCAAAUUUGAAUCUUGAAUCAAAGUCUUUUUUAGUUUCU